AUGUCCACUACGAAGACCUCAGUCGUGGAAGAAGAGACCAUCAUCCCCACGCCGGAGAAGCAGAGCUUCGGCGCAAGAGUAGCUGCCCACUUCAAGAAAUGGUGGUGGGUGCACUUGAUCAUCUUCGUGCUUUCCGUCUUGAUCAUUUCGCUACCAGUCGUUUACGUCGCCUAUCCCAACAUCGCGCAAGAUGCCGUUAACGACUCAACCCUCGACAUCAAGCAGAUGGUCAUCAGCGAUCCAACGGCCGACUCCUUCCAGCUCAACCAAACACAAGUGCUCGGCUCGAAGAGCUCGUAUCACCCGCAGAUCUACGCAUUUGAGGCUGCGGUCUCGCUGGCCGGCGCGGCCGCUCCUUUCACCACCGUUACUGUCCCGGGCGUGAUAUCUAAUGAUGGUGCGGAGAUUCACGUCAUGCAGAAGGUCGCUCUUAGCGAUUCUGAUGCGUUUGCUGACUAUACCACGGCUGUUAUGAUGAACGAGGAAGUUUCGUUGAAUAUUUAUGGAAGGCCUGGGUUGAAGGAGGGGGCGUUGCCGCAGACUACGGUAACCUAUAACAAGACAGUUGUUAUGAAGGGACUGAAUAAAUUGGAGGGUUUCGCUGUACCCGAAUUCCACAUUAUGAUCCCCCCAGUGAACGGAUACGACAUGAACGGCACAGUCAUGAUCCCCAACCCUUCUGUCAUGACAAUCACCAUGGGAAACCUGUCUAUGGCCCUCUCGGUCGAUGGAAAAGCCAUGGGUACAACCUACCUCAACAACCUAGUCUUAAAGCCAGGCAAAAAUACCAUCCCCAUGCUCGCAAAGGUUGACCAAUCCGCCAUCAUCGGUCUCCUCUCAUCAAGCAACAGUCCAUAUAAAGAUGGAAUCAUACCAUUUGACAUCACCGGAAACUCGAGCACCUACAAUGGCCAAGACCUGCCGUAUUUCACUAAGGCUUUGUCGGCGAACAAGUUGACAGUCAAGUUGGAUGUUGCUGCUGCGUUAAAGGAGAUUGGCCUAAACAUUAUUAAGUCUGCUCUUACUUCUUAG